AUGUUUCUGUAUAGUGAAGCUACUCCUGAUCAAUUGGUGGCUGUCCUUGUUCGUGCCCUUCCUGGCGAUCUCGAUGAGGACACCGAUGUAGCGGUGUUACUGAAACAUGCUAUGGACUUCAUCGUCAACAACUGUGAUUCGCCGAUAUUGAAACUGGUGUUGUUCGUUACAGGUCGCUUGACCAAAAUUUAUCCUGAAAGUGUAUGUGCUGCUGGUGGUGAGCUCUACCUUCAAAAGCUAGCAGAUAUAAUUGAUGAAAAGGAAAAAGAAUUGCAAGCUCUGAAAGAUAAAUGUGCAAAGGAAUCCAAGUAG